AUGUUUGAAUUGGUGAAGUCGUACGUACAGGAUGCCGCAGCCGAGCAGAUCUCUGUCACCAAUCCUCUCACAUCUGGGACCUCACCUUGGCUGAAGUCGGCUCGCAGUGGUGACCGUACCCUGCAACACACUCCAUCUAUGAGGGACUACUAUCAGAUGUCUAGGUCCUCGAGCUCUCAGGAGCAGCUCGUUCCACCGUCCCCUGGUGAUGAGGGCCAGCCAGUUAUGUGGGAGGCAGGUACCAAGGGCUCGGAUAUCAGCAGCUUGGAUGCUCGACGGAAGACUUAUGAGCGAAUACGGCAAUAUCGGCGUAUGCAGUCCGGACAUCUCACACCAGGUGUCACUAAGGCUGGUCCCCGACCGAGACCGACUAAACAUAUCACUAUAAAUCUAGGACAGUCGGAGCCUGAAGAUUCUCAGCCACGAUUGAAUCGAGGGCGGCGGUACAUGGACAUCGCGUUGGCAGAUACCGGCGAGUCCAUGGACGAUGACUCACAGCGGAGGAAGACUAGAACCCUCGAUGAAUCGUCUAAGAAUGGAGACUCGCACCUCAGAAGAGGUUUCACUGCCUCUGAGUAG